CAGUCGCUUUAUGACCAUAUUUCCGGUUGAGGAGCUGUCCUCUUCCCGUUGUAAACACAUCGCUUGGGUGGUGGUGUGUCUGACAGUUAUAAAUAAUUCAGAACAAUUUAUUUUUCAUUUUUGAAAAACAUUUUUUGCACACAGUGAAUCGCUAAGAAUGAAGAAGUUUUUCGACGACAUUAAGAAGGAUAUGAAAUUCAAGUCGGCAGGGCCAGGAAAGAAACUUACAGACGACGGCAGCACUAAACCUCAAGCGCCACAGGCUCCUCGCGGAGCGCCCAGAAAAUCGCCCACCGAUGGCGCGCAGAGAGCAGGGGCCGCGGCCCUCGCCAGGAUCGAGCAACAGCCCCGGCCCAAGGUGCAAACGUCCCAAGAUGCCAUAAGGAUUCAGGUGAAGCGAGAACUUGAAGCAGAGGCGGCUGCCACAGCGGCCAGUCUGAAGAACACUGAUAUUGAGGGGGCCUGUGUUCCACAAAAGGAUCCAUCUUGUUUCUCAGUGCCGGGAGUUUUCUUCAUCUGUCCUCUCACUGGAAAAACCUUAACUAAGACUGAAAAGGAGAUGCACAUAAAGGAAGCCAUUCUAAUGAGGUUCUCAGAGGAUGCCAUAGAGGCCUCCAUCAUGAUGAUUCACACCUUUAAUAAAGACAAAGAGAAAGUAAAGGCUGCCGUUGACAUCAUUAGCAAGUACAUCGAAAACAUCUGUAAGAAUCCCACUGAGGAAAAGUACAGGAAGAUCAAACUUAGCAACAAAGUGUUUCAGGAGAAGGUCAGUGGGAUUGAAGGAUCUCGCGAAUAUCUUCAGGCGUUGGGAUUUGAAAGCAUCACAUUGCCGGUGGACGGCGAAGACAGGACUGAGGAGUUCAUGGUGUUACCGGCGCAGGAGUCAGAGGCUCUGGAGCAGAUGAAGGCUCAUUUGGAGCAGCUGCAGAAUGGCGAGCCGGUCAGAGCGAAGCUGGACCGCCAGCCGCAGGUCUUCAGAGCCUCACAGCACGCAACACACUUCGAGCUUCCUCCAGUCUUCUACAAUCUGACCGCGGAGGAGCUGAAAAGAGAACAGCAACUGAAGAGUGAAGUCGUGGAGAGAAACGCAAUGCUGCGAACGAAAGUCAUGCGUGAGAAAGAUGAGCAGAGGGAGAGAAGAAAGUACAACUAUGCGCUUCUGAGAGUGCGGUUGCCGGAUGGAAGUAUACUCCAGGGCACUUUCCUGGCGUGGGAGAGGGUGGCAGCGUUGUACCAGUUUGUGCGUGAUUCUCUGGAGAAUGGCUGGCAACCCUUUGAGCUGAUGGCACCCGCAGGACAAAAACUAAAGGAUGACGAGGAAUUGGCUCUGAAUGAGUGCAACCUGGCCCCAGCAGCUCUGCUGACCUUCUCAUGGGACGCCGCAGUGCUGGCAGACAUCGCUGCCGCCGGAGGAAAGACUGCUGUUCUGCUUAAAGCCGCACUGUUAGAGAACAUCAAGACCCUGAGCUGAACAUUUAGUCUCCCCAGUUACUGCUGUCCCCGCCUGCGCUCUCCCGCGAGUUUCUCUCCCAUCGUCCACCACCACAAUCCCACACGGUUUCACAGGAUGCAUUGAUUGUGUCCACAGCAUGUGCUAGGUGGAUUUAUAUGGUGCUAAACGCAGGAGUUUUUCCUGUCAGUGAUGUUAUGAGAAGCGUUAGCACAUUAUGGGCCAAUUUCCAAACAAUCUGUCCUAUUAUAAUGAAUUGUUGCUUGAGGUAACAUGACCAUGAUAUGAUGAGGGAAGAUGCUGAGUUUGAUUGGAAGUGGUCUGUGAGAGGAUCUGUUGUAAUUUAAAGCACUUUUUAGCUACGGCUGAAAGAGAGAAAUGUUGAUGUAUCAUGAAAUCUCAUUGUGGCAAAAACGCACUGAUCUAACAUGAGCUCUACCAUGUUUUGUUUCCUGCUUAACAUAAAGUAAACUACGCAUGAAUGUUACAACGCAACUUAAAUUAGACAAACAGCUCUGGUCUCCAACAACAGUCUACCUCCUAAUGCAGAUAAAUGUCCACUGGUUUCACUUGUCACCAUGUCAGUUAAUUAAGCCCAAAGUAUACUAAAGUUUUUAUGUAUAAAGCACACGCGGCAUAAAUUUCAUCCAGAUUUUCCCUCUAAAAUCGAACAAUUUUUUGCACUAAUUAUUUUGUCCACAAGGUGGCAACAUGGACCCUGCCUACUGGUUCAUAGUUAAAAAGAAACCCAUAAUAUGGAACGUUUUUGCAACUCAGCCUCACAUAUUUACAAAUGGCUGCGCACACACUCACUUUAAAAAUAAGAUGGAUAACUUCUGGAGAGAAAUAGCGCAGACACUAGAUAAGUUUUAAUCUUUCUAGUCUGUGUUUGCGCACACUAACAAAUGCUAAUAAAUGAAAUAUACCUUGAAAGGUUAACUUUAUUUUUGAAUGCAAAAACCAUUUAGUGUGAAUGUGCGAGACUUCCGCUUCAUUAGCCGCUGUAGGUAAACAACUUUAAUACAUGGUAGUUUGAAAAAAAAAAGAGCUACAAACCAGUUUAUAAUUAUGGUAAUAAAUGUAACAAUAUUAUAACAAAUACCAGUUUGCAAUAUCCUGGAGCACAGCAGACUGUUUUUGUAAAGCGGCUGACACCGGAAACCUUGCACAGUCAAGUUAAAAAGGCACCUGAUUUGAAUACAUUGAGUAUUAGACUGAUUCGGUUGCAGAAGAACAUUGUCACGUGCUUGUUUCUUUAUUAAACCAUCUAUUUUAAAAAUGA